AUGAAUUAUACCAAUUACAACCAUAGUGCUAGCAUUUCGUCUCGUUCAACACAGACUUCGUCUGUGUUUUCGAACGAAAAUGAAGAUUACGAUGCUAGAAUUCGCGAGAUCGAAGAGUACUACAUCAAGACUCUGUUGAAUGAUGAUGCGGGUGACGAUGGAUUGUCGAAGCAACAGCAACAACAAUUGCAGCCUCAGUUCCAGUACCAGCAGUUACCAAACCUUUUCUCGCGUUCUUCUUUCGGUACUGUUCCUCAAUCUCAAAACAAGGAAUUAGCCCAAUCUCAAGUUGCUCAGCAAUAUCAGCAGCAGCAGCAGCAGUGGUUCCAAAGACCUAUUUUUGAGUACCAGGACCCAUGGCCUCAAAAGGUCCAUCCUAAGGAACCUUCGUUGGAAGUCGAAAUUAACUCUCAAUACCGUCCAGCCAACGGUAUUAUGCCAUUGACCAGCGAGAACUUACGCAUAAUCCAAGAAACUCCAGCUGAACCAGUGGUCCAUGCUCAAGCGCAGGCUCCAACUGAACAUGUUCACACUGAAAAUUGUGGUCAUAAUCACCCUCAGGUCUCUCAGCAACAACAGCAACAACAGCAGCAGCAGCAGCCAGAAAGGGUUAACAAGCAAUUGUACAAGACUGAGCUUUGUGAAUCGUUCGCUACCAAGGGAACCUGUAAGUACGGCAACAAGUGUCAAUUUGCUCAUGGUUUGCACGAGUUGAAAAUAAAGGAGCGUUCAAACAACUUUAGGACAAAGCCAUGUGUUAACUGGCAAAAAUACGGCUACUGUCGUUACGGUAAGCGUUGUUGCUUCAAACACGGUGACGAUGAGGAUAUUCAAGUCUACAUGAAAGUUAAUAUGAUUAAGAAAAUUGAAGAUGAACCUAUCAGAAAGAACUUACAUGCUGAUGUUAAGGCAUUGCAAAAGAUGACUUGGUGA